CGAUGGCGUCGGGCGACGCAGCCAUCGUACGCUGUCACGUAGAAACCCAGCAGCUCUGGUCGCAAAACCCGAUUUGUCAAGCCAAAAAUUCUCGGUGCGGCUGCAAGAGCGGCGGUUACGCGGCAGAACAAGCAACCCUCACGCCAGUAAACGCAGCGCUCGCCCCACACGCUAUCGACGCGGAGCGCCAGCGGCAGAAGUUCCGGCGAGCAGCCAGCGCUCUCCUUGGGUGCAGCGACCCCAGGAAAGAGCACACCCCGCGUUGGCGGAAGAGCCGCAACGCCACCGCCGCGUGGAUAAAAGCACGCUCUGCAGCGGCCACGGGAAAAAAUGCUGAAGACGCGCAUCGAGCACGCCCAGAGCCAGGUGCGGCGGCGGCGGCGGCGCGGCCUGUCGCGCGACUGGCGGAAGUUCGGCGAGAAGUGGCGCGGCUCCAAGGCCGCGGCGCUCGGCGCGAACCUCGUCGGCGCGAUCGGCUGCAUUUUGGGGAACAAGCACGUCAUGACGCACGGCGCGCGCGCGCCGCUGUUCCUGACGUUUAUGGGGUACUUGCUGAUCGUGCUCUAUCACCAGCUCCAGCGCACGCGGAAUAUAGGGAUUGCGCCCGUGUUCGACGUGGAGGGCGCGCAGCUGCCGCCGUAUCGACCGCCCACAAAAGUCGUGGUCGCUCUGGUACUGCUGACGGCGACGGCGCCGUCGCUCGCGAACGCGUCGCUCAUGUUCAACAGCGUGGGAUUCACGCAGCUGAGCAAGGUGCUGACGACGCCGUCGAUCGCCUUCAUCGAGCGCGCGCGGGGCCACGGCCACCCGCUCGACGCGCCCCGUUUGUUGUCCAUGGUCUUCAUCCACGUCGGCGUCUACGUCGCGUCGGUCGCCGACGUGACGCUGAACCGGACGGGCUGCCUCGUGGCGCUCGCGAACGUCUGCGUCACGGCGCGCUACAAGACGGCCUGGUCGUCGGCGUCGCGCGACGCGAUUGCGCGGCGGCGCGCGACGCGCGCGGCGCACGAGGCCGCGCAGACGCUCGCGCUCGACGAGCGCGCGGCCGUGCGGGAGCUCGUCGAGCACACGCUCCCGUGGGCCGCCGCCGCGCUCAUUCCGUUUAUCGUAUUCUUCGAGGCGGCCGCGCUGCGGAACAUGGUCGCGACGUACGACGCGCUGGCCUACGCGCGGCUCUUCUGCAUCGCGGUGCGCGGCCGCGUUCUACGCCAUCGCCGCGACGCCAUCACCGCGAUACGCUACGCAGGUGCUCGGCGCGUGGACGUCGGCGACGGGCUACAUGGUCAUCGGCCGCCUGAGCGCGCUGACGCACCAGGUCCUCGGCCAGUUCAAGAUGGCCUGCCUGCUGCUCGGGUCCUACGUCGUGCUCGGCGCGGACUUGAAUCGGCAGCAGCUCGGCGGCGCGUCGCUCACGAUGGCCUCGAUCGUGCUCUACACGCGGUGCACGCUCGCGCAGCGGCGGCGCCUCGAGGCGCGGCGCCGCGGCGACGAGCCUUUGGGGCGUUCGCCGUCCGAGGACCCGCUCCUCUCGCCGGGGCGGCGGCGGAAGGUCGCGAACGGGCACUCGUCGUCGUCGCGGCGGAUGCCGGGGGUGCUGAGCGCGUCGCGGUCCUCGAGGGCUGGGGUGGCGGUGGUGUAGUAGGGAUGUUUAGUGGUUUA